AUGCAGCCUCAUUCAAAGGUGUUCGCUUCUAAACCCUUCAAGCUGAGAAAGAGUCUUGCAACAAGAAAAGCUGAAGUAAUUGGAAUAAAAGCAAAAUUUCCAACAAAAGUCCCGGUGAUUGUAGAAAGAUACCACAGAGAAAAAUAUCUACCUCUUCUGGAUAAAACAAAGUUUCUUGUUCCCAGGGACCUUUCCAUGACCCAGUUUAUAAAUAUUAUUAGGAAUCGUAUGAAUUUAUCACCUACUCAGGCAUUUUACCUCCUUGUAAAUAACAAGAGUCUUGCAAGCUUGUCCCUUACUAUAUCUGAAUUAUAUAGGGAUCACAAGGAUGAAGAUGGGUUUUUAUAUGUCACCUAUGCAUCUCAAGAAAUGUUUGGUUGA